UGUUUCCCCCUCCCGAGGCGAGGGGUGUGUGCGUUGCGCUCUUCCCGCAAGACGGACGAGGCGCGAGAGGAGCGAUGUCCCGCUUCCUGCGCGGCGUGUGCGCUCUGGGCGCGCGGGAGCUGAGGCGCCCCGGGCCGGGCUUCUCCUGGGCUCCUUCCAGGCGGCGGGCGGCGCUGUCGUGGAGCGCGGGGGCGGCGGCGGCGCUGGCGGCAACGCUGGCCGGGCUGGGCUGGGCUCGGCGGGCGGAGAUGGAGCUGAGGAAGCCCGAGGCGGAGGAGGCGGAGGAAGAGGGAGAAGGGGGCCUGCCGGGCUUCAUGGCGCCGCCGGUGAGCGGCCUGAAGGAGCUGCAGGCGCGGCGCGGGGAGAUGCGGGCCCGCAUGGAGCUGCUCAUCAUGGAGACCCAGAGCCAGGUCUGCCGCGCCCUCGCCCACCUCGACCGCGGGGCCGCCUUCACCGUCGACCGAUGGGAGAGGAAGGAAGGUGGAGGAGGCAUCAGCUGUGUACUUCAAGAUGGCGAGAUCUUUGAGAAAGCUGGAGUCAAUGUAUCUGUUGUUUUUGGGCACCUUUCUGAGGAAGCAGCUCAGCAAAUGAGAAGCAGGGGGAAAUCUUUAAAAGCCAAAAAUGGGAAAUUGCCUUUUUGUGCUAUGGGAGUGAGCUCUGUCAUUCACCCAAAGAACCCUUAUGUCCCCACUAUACACUUCAACUAUAGAUACUUUGAAAUUGAGGAAGCAGAUGGUACUAAACAGUGGUGGUUUGGUGGUGGAACAGACUUAACUCCAACUUACUUGAACAAAGAAGAUGCUGUUCAUUUUCACAAAACACUAAAGGAGGCCUGUGACAAACAUAACCCAGGCCUCUAUCCCAAGUUUAAGAAAUGGUGUGAUGACUAUUUCUACAUCAAGCACCGUGGAGAACGACGAGGGAUCGGAGGCAUAUUUUUUGAUGAUUUGGACUCUCCCUCAAAAGAAGAAGUUUUCCAGUUUGUGGAGAGCUGUGCCAAAGCCAUUGUGCCUUGCUACAUUCCCAUUGUGAAAAAACACUGCCAUGACACAUUCACGCCAGAAGAGAAAUUGUGGCAGCAGAUACGUAGAGGAAGGUAUGUGGAAUUUAACCUUGUUUAUGACAGAGGUACAAAGUUUGGUCUUGCAACACCGGGAUCCAGGAUUGAAAGUAUUCUUAUGUCUUUGCCUCUCACUGCUAGAUGGGAGUAUAUGCAUUCACCUCCAGAGGAUUCUAGAGAAGCAGAAAUCCUAGAAGUUUUGCGGCAUCCGAAAGAUUGGGCUCACUGACCCAGGGUGUUGGCUGUUUGUAGUCAGCCAUAAGGGAAGGACACAAACCCUUGCCUGCUUACGCAUUAGAUCUGCCAUUGUGUGGCAGUUUUUCUCUACUUUUUCUCUUAUCAUGUGCCUUAGAAAUAGUGUUCAAUUCUUAUUGUUUGUCAGUAUCCUUUUCAAAUGCCAUAGCCUGCUCUGUUUGCAGUUUCUGGAUGAUUGACUUUGACCAUUUGUCCUGGUAUGCUACUCCCUGAAGUUUAUAGGCUUUGGGCAAUGUGAAAACAGAGUAUGUCGGGCACAAAUAAGUACACAAAAUGCAACCAAUGUUAAAACUCCAAGCGCCUCUUUCACACCAAACAGGCAUUUAUUCUAUGGAUCUAACCCUGCAUAGCCUCCUGAUUUAUACCAAUAAUUCUCAAACUUUCAGAUAUUUAGGAUUUCAGUUCUCAGGUCCCUCAGCCAGUAAGCUUUAUAAGACGGAAAUUCAUAGGGUUGGAAUCUCAAACAUCUAGAGGACUGACUCUUGAGAAUAGGUUCAGACCUAUUUCAACAGUUAAGAGUAGCCUUCUGCUGCUUUUUUCAUGUCAGGAGUAACCUAAGAAACUGCACGUUGCUUCUGGUGUGAGAGAAUUGGCUGUUUGCAAGGACACCUGGAUCUUUUGAUGUUUUACCAUUCUUGUCAGAGGCUUCUCUCAUGUCCCUUCAUGAGGAGCUGGAACUGACAGAGAGAGCUCAACCUGCUCGCUCUGGAUUUGAAUAGCUGACCUGUUGGUCAGCAGUUCUGCCAGCACAAGGGUUUAACCCAUUGUGCCCCCGGGCUCCUGCCUUCUGCUGCUGCUAACAUCCUAAAUUUGGUCACAGAUCUUCCAAGGCAUAUAUAUUAAACUGAGUAAUAGAACUUCAGGAAGUUAACUUUUUUUGUAUUAGAAUUCCCCAAAUUUCCAAACAGUUUUUCCACUGACCAUAUGUUGGUUGGAAGACUCUGGGAGUCAUAAUCCAGAAAAGAUUUUCACUGUUUUGCUAAAUUGUCCUGUUGUUUUAUCUGUAUUGAAUGCCUUAUGUCAAGGAACUUUUACAAAAUAGGAAUUACUGUGAUAAACUAAAAGGAAUUGCAUGUGGUCAGAUAGCUUCUCUUUGGAAAAUCUUAGGUUCAGGGGUCUGCAACCAUCCAUACGUUGUCCUGAUGUAUAAUGUGUUAUUUUACCCGGGGGGGGGGGGGGGGGACUUUUCUGAGAAAAGCCAGGUUCUUCAUUUGAUGCACUUCCAGGAUCAUGUUUGUUUGUUUGUUUUUAAAUAACAGAACUUUAUUUUGCUGGAAAGAGUUCAGGUCAAAAGAUAAUACCUUUAAAUUAAAUCUCUCUGUGAAACUAGAAUACAACUGAAUGUUUUUUUUAAAAAUACUACUGAGAUUGUGUUGCACUAUCAUUGUUUUUUUGCAAAAUAUAAAGAGGAAGAGGUGAAAAGUUCCAAUUCCUGCAAGACGGGACGGGGGGUAAUCAGACCUUCUAUGUGACUUGUUAGACUUCAAGUCCUAGCAGACCAAAUGGUAAGGAAUACUGGGAGUUAAAAGUCCAGAAACAUCAGGAGGUUGCAUGUUUCUCACCCCUUCCAUAAGAUGUGUUCAUAGCCAUCAGUGCUACUGCAAUUAUUGUUACCAUUGUACAGUAUGAUCCCUGUCAUCACAGGACUAAAACUCAUGGUUUCACCUACAUUUAUCUGACAAAAUAAUUUUUCUAAGUCCUUCAAGCAUUCUAUGGUAUGCUUCUACUGGAAGUUAUCAACCUCUCAAUGGAGAACAUAGCAGGUGGUUUUUUUAGAGGAUACCUCUAGGAAAUUUGUAGAUUCUCCAAAAGUUAUCUAUGAUACUUUCAGGCAGAAGUCAAUUCAUUUAAAUGGGAUUCACCAUUAUCCACAUUUUUCUCUUUGCACAGUAAACUCAGGAACAUAUGUCUUGCAAAUAUGGCAAUUAUACUGAAUGUGCAUAGAUGCAUUUGCAUUGGUAUUUGCCAACAUAUGCAUAAGGAAAUGUUCCUCCACUAAUUAUUGUACUGAAUGGUUCAUGUGAAAAUUUAGCACAAAGAUUCCAAGGUAAUUAUACCCAUUAGUCUUUGGAGCUUGGAGAUGGUGUGGAGCAGUGGUUCUCAACCUGUGGGUCCCCAGUUGUUUUUGCUUUCAACUCCCAGAAAUCCUAACAGCUGGUAAACUGGCUGGGAUUUCUGGGAGUUACGGGCCAAAACGCCUUGGGGGGGGGGGGGGGGGGGGACACAGGUUGAGAACCACUGGUGUGGAGGAGGGUUAUUUUGCUUCCAGAAACAAGCUUCUGCAGGACCAGAAGCUUGAUGAAUAGCAGUGGGCCAUGUCAUCUCAGAUCAGAUUUACAAGUUAAAUACUUGUAUGUAAAUUAACUAUGUCUGUAUAUGAAGUGAAAUGGCUUCAUUGCUUAGAAUGUGUACAUGUCAGUCCUAAGAGUCUUUUCUGCCAUUAUCAAUAUGCACAAUGGAUGUGUUCCAAACCAAAAGGCAUUCCUAGUGUUAUCUUGAAAAGUACACCGUUUUUCAUCCAACAGUACCUUUAAAAAGCUCUUUAAGAGUUAAAAUACAAAUUGACUCUAUCAUGAGUUGUUGAAGGCUUUCGUGGCUGGAAUCACUGGGUUGCUGUGAGUUUUCUAGACUGUAUGGCUAUGUUCCAGAAGCAUUCUCUCCUGAUGUUUCAUUCACAUCUGUGGCAGGCAUCCUUAGAGGUUGUGAGAUAACAACCUCUGCCUGGGGGAUCCAACAAAGGAUUCCCCCAGGCAGGAAGCAGCCAAGCCUUGAAGCUGUAAAGCUAUUCAGUUAUAAUCAAGCUGACCAAUUGCAACAUUCACAUCUGCCUCAAACAGACAAAGAGUUCUUUCUCCCACCCUGGACAUUCCACAGACAUAUAAACCCCACUUGCCUUGUUUCUAACAGACCUCACAACUUCUGAGGAUGCCUGCCAUAGAUGUGGGCUAAACGUCAGAAGAGAAUGCUUCUGGAACAUGGCCAUACAGUCUGGAAAACUCACAGUAACCUAGCUCCCAGAAUCUUCAACCAGCAUAGAAAAUGGAAGACAGGAAGCAGCAGCUCACAACAACCCAGUAACUCUAUCAUGGUUGACCAAAUGCAUUGAACACCCUGUAGUGUAAGAAUAAAACACAUGUCUGGAACAGCUAACUUUCCAGGAGGAAAUGGUCUCGUCUUAAAUUUACUUAAUAUCUUAGCAAAAAAAAAACACCUUACGUUGUUAAUUGUUUGUCUGAAAGCUUUCUGUUCUUCCUGGUGAUGGUGCGAGAUACAGUCAAACUCAUCUGAAGAGCAUCUGGCUCAGAAAGGCUGCCCACUGGUACCUUUUAUCACUUCUUGGAUUUCAGUGACCAUGCUUUUGUUGGCAAUCUGGCUGGGUUUCUAGAUUAUUUUUAGGAAACUGAAUAAAACCAUACUGAUUGAUAUAUAGAUCAAAAUUAAGAGUUUUAAUAGCCUGCCUUUAUUUGAACAAGAGUUAUAAAUAGACACAAAAUGUUGCACAGAUUAAGUGAAUUGUAUCCUGGGAGAGGAACAGAGUAACAGGACUUUCCUGGCUUUUCUUUCUUCCUCAGCCUAAUUCUGAGGGGAAAGGACUCUUGCAAUGGUUUUUGGGCAUGGCCAGAAUGCAGCAGAAUGAGGAAAUAGGAGUUGGUUGAGCUGCCUUAUCUCUGAAUACAGCUCUGAAUUCAAUGCCAAAACACUUCAGUUUUCACUAAUGCAGAUUAUCUGAGGCAAAGAAAGAAGCAAAGAGUUAGGAGCUUAUGUCCUAUACUAGAUUAGCUAUGUUUUGCAAGGCAACAGGUUUGAAUCUAAUACUUCAAAAUGUUCUCAUCUUCAGCAUUUGAGAGUAGCUUCUCCAACACCAUAAUCUAAGAAUGUUUCGUACUGAGCUAAAUAUGGAAGCAAUACACUUAGUGCUACUAUCACUAAGGUUGGAUCUACACUGCUCUAUAUCCUAGGAUCCGAUCCCAGAUUAUCUUCUUAUCCAGAUUAUCUAGCAGUGUAGAUUCAUAUAAUCCAGUUCAAAGCAGAUAAUUGGGGAAUCGGUCCUGGGAUAUAGGGCAGUGUAGAUCCAGCUUAAGGUUACUCUCUUUUAAGCCUUGAAUCUCUACAAUAUUUGCAGUAGCAUCAAUUCAUUGAAUAAGGUUUUACAACACUGUUAAAUCAUUUUGAAAGAAGCCAUGUAACUUUCUUUUUAGUUCCAACCAUCACCAUUUCCAAUUUUUCUUUUUUUAAAGUAUUGUUUUGAAAGAUAGUGGAUUGUGUCCUUUUGAAUGUUUUUGCGUUUCUAUCAAGAACCUGCCAAACUGAGAUUUAUUCUAUGUUCUCACAAAAAAAGUUCUGGACAUCAAUGUUAUUUCUGCCGGAGGACUUAAUAAUUCCUCUCUACUGUGAAUCAAAACUGAAUAAAAGCAGUUGGGGCUACAAA